AUGGUCCCCAACAAGGAGCAUCCUCUCCGGAAUGAUGAAGAAUUUGCUCUUUGGUGUGAAGAUUAUUUGGGAUUUCAACAGCAUCAUCCAACCCGAAAGCAACAACAACUUCAGCAAUUUAAUAAUCAAGACGAAGAAGAGGCUUCUUCCUCCUUACCCUCUUCGGAAAUAUCUUCUCUUUUAAUACUCUCCCAUGAUGAUAAUUAUAAUAACGAAAUUCGAUUCAUCACGAGCACUAGCACCAAUGAUGCCAUGAUUUCCUCGUGCACGAAUCACAAAGAGAAUCGAUCCGAUGUGUUUGAUUCAUCAUCAUCAUCACAGCUCAUCACCCACCACAACCAUCAUGAUGAGAAUGCUGAAUCUCAUAAACCAUUUCAGGCUCAUCAUCAUUCUUCCUUUACAACCCUUCUAACAUCAGAAAACCCUUCCUUAUGUUGUAAUGUUCCGACCACACAUGUUGCUGCUGCUGCUACGAAUGAUCAUCAGAGAGAAUGCCUCCUUGAAAAUGGUGAUUCAUUAAGUAACUCCGAUGCAAGCUUACAAAAUUCUCAAAGGAUGAUUUCCAAACAAGAAUACUUUCGAAAAUUAAGAAUGCUAUUUUCAUCUCCAGAAAUGUUAACUCCGUGCGGAGAUAUUGAUGAAUCUUACUUUCAUCCAAAUCCCAAUAAUGUUUUUAAUUUGGAAUGUUUACAGAAACUCAAAUGGCAAAAAUCAGAUGAUGAAUUAUUGAAGAAGGGAAUUCAAGAAUUUGGCAAUGAUUGGACAGCAAUCAUCAUUAAGUAUUUACCCAACUGGGAUGCUAAAGAAUUAAUGGAAAGAAGUCAACGUUUGAAACUUGAGAAGGUUGUGUCGUCAAAAAGUUCUACUCCCCGACGUAGUGGUGGUAAUGAUGGUGACAUUUCUCAAUCCAAAAAGACCUCCUCACAAUCCAAUACUUUCAAGAAAUCAACCUUAGACCAAGAGGAAAAUGAUGUCAGCAUGAAGAAACGAUCAACAAGCAGCGCAAGAAAAAAUUCAAAGAUGCCAUCAUCCUCGGCAACAAGUUCCGCAAAUACCACCACAACAACAAAACAGAAUAACAAAUCGACAAGAAAGAAAGAAGCAGACUCAACAAGAACUACACAACAAACCAAGUCCAGGAAAUCCAACAAGAAGCAACGAUCGAAAAAGAAAGCUUUUUCCGAUGAAGAUGAGGAUUACCAUGAAGAGGAGGACUUUAAUGAAAAUCCAAGUGAUCAUGAUUCGAUCGACGAUGUCAACGAUACAGAGGAGCUCGACAAUUAUUCAUUAGUGAAGUGCCGUCCGAAAAGACAUGUACAACGAUGCCACUACCAAGAACCAACUUCAGACGAAGAGGAAUUACUAUUUUGCAUGCAUGAGCAUGAAGAUUAA